UUGGAGCUAAGACUUCUGAGAGGACAAAAAGAGCACAGAGGGAGGAUAACAACAACUGGGAUAAAAAAAAAAAAUCAAGGACGUUCUCUGAAGGGUGCGGACUCAAAGACGCAGAAGCUGAAGGGACACCAGAGUCUUCCCUCACCUCCAAGCAGCCAUGGUCCUUCUGCUCAUAUUCCUCACGGUGCUGCAUUUGACCACCUUGGCCAUGCUCCUCAUCGCCACGCUGGAGAAGUCCUGGUGGAUAUGGGAUGACGUAGAAAUCACAGAUCUGUGGUAUAACUGCUUCCAUGAUAAUGCCACAAAUACCUGGCUGUGUGCUGCCACCAAUGAAAGUGACUGGCUGCAGUCGGUCCAGGCCCUCAUGGUCCUCUCUGUGGUCUUCUCCUCCAUCUCCUUCCUGGUUUUUCUGGGUCAGCUGUUAACCAUGUCCAAAGGAGGACUCUUCUACUUCACAGGCCUCAGUCAGGCCUUUGCAGGUUUCACAGCCUUUGCUGCUUGCCUCAUCUUCACCUUCCACAGAAAGGAGAUUUUAAGUGACUCCAGAGAUCUGAGCAAAGGACGCUUCGGCUACUGUUUCAUCCUGGCGUGGCUGUGUGUCCCUCUCCUCCUGGUCAGUGCUGUCCUGUACGCCCACCUGCGCAAGAAGCAGUGAGCUGAAAACAGAAAGGAUGGAAAGCCUCUUCAUAAGAGUGCAACUCACUUUCCAG